AUGGACGACUCCAUGAGCGGGGCCACCGCCGUCGCGGCGCUCGUGGCCAGCGGCGCACUCCACGGGGCUCGGGACGUCCGCGGCGGCGCGGGCUGUGGACUGAGAGGCAGGGCUCAGGACGUCCGCGGCGGCGCAGGCUGUGGACCGAGAGGCAGGGCUCGGGACGUCCGCGGAGGCGCGGGCUGUGGACCAAGAGGCAGGGCCCGUGAUGCAUUCCGUUCGAGGGGCUGCGAUGGCGCUCCUCCUCCUCAUGGCCACGGGUGCAGCAGUAAGAAUGCCCAUCUCAAGGUGCUAGAAGGUGCCGAAGAAAGGUUGCAGCUCGUCAAGGCUGACCUGCUGGACUAUCACAGCGUAGCGUCGGCGAUUGCCGGCUGUGACGGCGUCUUCCAUGUCGCCUGCCCUGUCCCCUCCGGCCGAUCAACCGACCACGAGGCAGAGAUCAUAGCUCCUGCUGUAACAGGCACACUGAACAUGCUGAAGGCCUGCCAUGAGGCGAAAGUUAAGCGAGUAGUCAUGGUGUCUUCAGGUGCUGCAGUGGUCGCUAAUCCUAACUGGCCCAAGGGCAAAGCCUGUGACGAAGAGAGCUGGUCAGACGAGGGCUACUGCAGAAAGAAUGGGGUAAGUAACCCAACACCUGUACGGCUGUAUGACUGCUUAGCACUUUAGCCUACGUGGUCUAUU